AUGACAAAAGAAACUCAAGAAACCAAUCUCAUCAAAUCUAAAGACAAUCAAGAAGACCACUCAAACCCAUCAACCUCAAAACAAAUCAGUCAAAAUGAAACUCAGUGUUCAAGUUUCACCACUAAGAUCACUCCAAACUUACCAUCUAUGCCAUUUGAAAUUAAAGAAAAAAUAGUAUAUUGGGUUUAUUGGUUACAUUUACCUGGAUCAUCAAAUUCAACUGAAGUUUUAAAAAAUCGUAAUGAUAACAAUAAUGAUGAUGAUGAUGAUCAAUUCGAAGAUAUAUCAGAUUCAGAUUCAGAAACAAGAUAUGAUAAAUGGAAAACCCAAUCUAAUCAUAAACCAACCCAAACCCACAAAAAUGAACCAGAAUGGGAUCCUAAAUCCAGAUCAGAAGUUUUACUACAAAUCUUUCAAACUUGUCCAAAUAUUAUCGAUCUUGAUGUUGAUUUAGAUCCAGAAGAUAUCAUACCACUUCCAGAACCAUCCGAUUCAACCAAUGAUCUAGAACCUGAUCCUUCUUCAAGUCCAUCGGGUCAAGUCUUGUGUCAAGGUUAUGAGAUCGAGAUGAGUUUAGAUAGUAGUGAUGAUGAAGAUGAUGAAGUCGAUGUGGAUUAUGAUGAUGAUGAUGAGUUGGAUUUGGAUGAGGAGGAAGAGUUUGAGGAAGAUCAUUGGGCUCAUCAUUUCGGUCAAGAUGACGAUGACGAUGACGACCUGGAGUGA